CUUUUAUUUUCAGUUCACACAUGGUUUUCAAAACGCACGCGUUUCACCUUUAAAGUACCGUAGAGAUAUCAUCGUCCCUUCACAUUGAUCCUUCCCUUCUGCUUUCUUAUUGCUCUAUCAUCCAAUCACCUUCUCUCCCGCCUAAAAAACCAGAACAAAAAAGACACACAGCAGCCAAUUCAUGGCGAGCGCUCCCCCUCUCACCCCCUGCCGCCACCUCCAUCUUCGACCGAUCACAGCCAAACCAACCCAAUUACUCUCCCCAAUUACAAUAACCACUCCUCGCAAAAUCUCCUCCGUUCACGUCAGCACCGCCACCUCCGACUCCAUGACGAGUCGCCGGUACAUUCAUCCGUCUCUUGAGAUCGUCGGCGGUGGCCCACAUCGCGACUCUAUACUCCAAGAUCUCAAGACUCUGUCCCUUCCGUACAAUCCGUUUCCUGUGAUCGGAUGGAACGGCCACGUGGAGACCCUCUUCGCCGCCUUCUUUCGGUGCGUCCCUGACGUCAGGCUCCGCCGUGAGUGCCUCCGUACCGAAGAUAACGGCACCGUCGCCCUCGAUUGGGUGUCCGGUGACGAUCGUUACUUGCCGCGUGACUCUCCGAUCCUCAUCUUGCUGCCAGGCUUAGCCGGAGGGAGUGGGGACGCGUACGUGAGGCACAUGUUGGUUAGAGCCAGAAGCAAAGGUUGGCGUGUGGUCGUCUUCAAUAGCCGAGGUUGUGCAAAUAGCCCUGUCACGACUCCUCAGUUCUAUUCAUCUUCGUUUUUAGGAGAUAUGCGUGAAGUAGUGGAGCAUGUUGCCACUCGGUUUCCAAAAGCUAAUUUAUAUGCUGUUGGUUGGUCUCUUGGGGCCAACAUUCUUGUUCGAUAUUUGGGUCAGGAAUCUCAUACUUGCCCCCUUUCUGGUGCUGUAUCAUUGUGUAAUCCUUUCAAUGGUCUCCUUACAGAUCAGAACCUUCGUAAGGGCUUUAACAUUGUCUAUGACAAAGCUCUUGCACGUUCUCGCCGUGAAAUUUUUAAGAAGCAUGCUCUUCUCUUUGAAGACAUGGGUGGUGAAUAUAAUAUCCCAUUGGCUGCCAAUGCGAAGACUCUUAGGGAGUUUGACGAAGGACUAACUCGUGUUUCAUUUGGUUUCAAGUCAGUGGAUGACUACUACUACAAUUCUAGCAGUUCAGACUCAAUAGAACAUGUUCGCAUACCUUUGCUCUGUAUCCAGGCAGCAAAUGAUCCGAUUUGUCCAUCUGUGGGAAUUCCUCGGGAAGAUAUCAAGGAAAAUCCAAACUGUUUGUUGAUUAUUACACCCAAAGGUGGCCAUCUGGGGUGGAUUGCGGGUGUUGAAGCUCUGCGCGGGGCUCCUUGGACUGAUCCUGUUGUGAUGGAUUACCUUGAGCAUCUAGAGAGAGGAGCAUCCAAAGGCCUUGCAUCUUGUAGUAAUUCAGUUUAUGUGCAGCAAUAUGCUGAGCCUGAGGGAUUGCUAAGCCUAGAAGUACUGUAGCCAACAGGUUCUUAGCAUUCUUCAUACACACACAUGAUAUUGUUAUAUCCACUCGAAUUUAAUCUUGCUAUCAUGGUCAUGUAAAUUGACAUUUAAAAAAGAAUAGGAUAAUGCCAUCAAAUUCUUUCUA